GGAGUCGCGGCCACCCGAUGCGUUUCCGGGUAGAACUUUGCACCAUAGGGUUUUCAAGGAAGUACAUUGCCAGGACUUUCUUCCAUGGGGCUGAGUGGAUUCAAACAGACAACCUAUCUGUUAGUAACGGAGUACAAAUGGUUUGUGCCACCCGCGGACCUUACACCUACAUAAUAUAUAAUCUCCUUAGCUUUUUAUUGGCGUAAACUCAUAUGCAGAGAAGUGUACCAAUUGACUAUUUCCAUGUAAUCAACACCCAAAUCAUAAGUGGAUCGUUACCAGCAUCCAGAAGGCCCUCUCCAGCUCCCUACUGGUUGCUACCCCUAACCCCAAAUGGAAUUACUAUCCUAACUUCUAACCCCAUAGAUUAGUUUUGUCUAUUUUUGUGCUUUACAUAAUAUAAUACCUACUAGUUUUGUCUUGUUGUAUUUACUCUCAUUAUGUGAGAUUCAAUCUUGUGUGUCCUUGUGGUUUGUUCAGUCUCAUUGUUGUCUAUUAUACAGUUAUUUAUCCAUUACACAGUUGUACAUCAUUUCUUUUUUUAACCAUUUUUUUUUAUUGUGGUAAGUAUAUUGGAAACCCUGGUGGCAUAGCAGUUAAGUGCUAUGGCUGCUAACCAAGAGGUUGGCAGUUCAAAUCUGCCAGGCACUCCUUGGAAACUCUAUGGCACAGUUCUACUCUGUCGUAUAGGGUAGCUGUGAGUCGGAAUCGACUCGACGGCAGUGGGUGUGGUUUUGGUUUUUGGGUAAGUAUAUUAGGAACAAAACAUUUGCUAUUUCAGCCAUCUUCAUGUGUUCAGUGGCAUUAAAUAUGCUUAUCAAGUUGUUCAACCAUCACCAUUCACUCUUUCCAAAUUUUUCCACCACCCUUAACAAAAGCUCAGUGUCCCUUAAGUGUCGUAUCUUCCUUUCACUCUCCCUUCUGCCUGCUCCUGGUAACACUAAUGAACUUUGAUCUCUAUACACUUGCCUAUUCUAGGUAUUUCACGUAAGUGGGAUCAUGCAAUUUUUGUCCUCUUGUGACUAAUCUCACUCAGCAUAAUGUUUUCAAAGCAUCCUGUCUUUUGUAUGUUUGGAAUAUUUCAUCAAGAAUAAUUUUUUUUCCUUUUUUAUUUGUGCUUUAAGUGAAAGUUAAGAAUAGUUUUUAAAAUAAACAAGCAGAUCUUAAUAAUGAAUAACACAUUACAAAGUAUUAGAACUGUAUGAAGAUGCGCCUUGAGAGAGUCCUGUCUGGGGCAGAGGCAUGAGUCAGUGACCCUUCAGGCCCCUGCUCUCCUUCUCCUUGAGUAAUAGCUUUAUACACUCAUAGCUUCAGGAGAGAUCUGUGAUGUGCCGUUCAACCACAGGGCAAGUCAUUUUAAAGCAUUUGUGGGGUGCUAGUUGGGUGCCCAGUCUUGUGCUGGGUCUCAUGUAGACAAACAUGAUGACUCAACUUCUUUGCUCAUGGUUGGUGUCUCUUAGGGUAGAAGAGAGACCACAGAAUGUCCCUCCAGACUGGUAACAGGUGGACAGCCAUGACCCCUUCUGUGCAGGCUUCUUAGCAUGGAGAGUCUUUGAUCUGAGUCCCUCAGCUAAGAUGGAGUCAGAGGGGUUAGGAGGUCAUUUGCAGAACAGCCUAGACUGGGUCCUUCUCCUUUUCCCCCUCAGGACCAAGAGGCAGUUGUCACUUUUUCCCCAGUGGACAGGCAGCUGGACUUUAUCUCCCCAGCAUUCUCAUCACCACCAGAGGCCCAUGUCAUUCCAGUCCAGGGACUGUGGGCCUUUAUCUAGUCUCUGUUUCCUCCCUGGCAACAUCAGGUCCCACAGCAAGAGAACUUGGCAGGCUCCCCAUGGCGGUCUUAUUCCUCUUCCUUCUGUUCCUAUGCCAACACUCCCAGGCUGAAGCAGAGAACAUCCAGGCUAUCUAUGUGGCUUUGGGGGAGGCGAUGGAGCUGCCAUGUCCCUCACCACCCACCCUGCAUGGGGACGAAUACCUGUCCUGGUUCCGCAGCUCUGCAGCAAGCUCCUCUACCAUGCUGGUGGCCCAAGCCCAAGUGGCCAGACCAGCCCCAGACCCUGUGAAGCUUGGAAGGGAAUCCAGGCUCAAACUGCUGGGGAACUACUCUCUGUGGCUGGAGGGGACCAAGGAGGGGGAUGCCGGGCGGUACUGGUGUGCAGUGCUGGGUCAGCACUACACGUACCAGAACUGGAGGGUAUAUGACAUCUCUGUGCUCAGAGGCUCCCAGUUAUCUGCAAGGACUGCAGAUGGAUCCCCUUGCUCUGUUCUCCUGUGUUCUGUGAUCCCUUCCAGACGCCUGGACUCUGUGACUUGGCUGGAGGGGAAGGGGCCCGUGAAGGGCCGGGUACAGUCUUUCUGGGGUGAAGGGGCUGCCUUGCUCUUGGUGUGCCCCGGGGAAGGGCUUCCUGAGCCCAGGAGCCGCAGACCAAGAAUCAUCCGCUGCCUCAUGCCUCAGAACAAAGGGGUCAGCUUCACCCUAGCAGCUGCUGGGGACGCUUCUCCCACCCCUUGUGCCCGCUCCACAGGCUGGGAUAUCUCCUGGAUCCUGAUGCUGCUGCUCGCAGCAGGCCAGGGAGUCAUCAUCCUGACCCUCAGCAUUGUGCUCUGGAGGCACCGGCUUCAGAGAACUUCAUGCAGAAGUGGGUCCCUCCCUCCCAGAGGGAAGGAGAGAGUGUAUGGGUGUGGGCCCUCACAUCUCACCUCUGUAGCCUCUUCUCUGGGGGAGGGGGUAGCAAGGAACACAGAUUUGGGUUGUCUGGUGACUCAUCUUCCCCAUCUUCUCCACCCUGUAUGGCUCCUUCUCCCCAGAUGCCUCGAUUCCUCCGUUCAAACCCGAAAUCCAAGUCUACGAGAACAUCCAUUUGGCCUGUCUUGGCCCACCUGCCCCCAAGACCAGGUGAUCUUGGUGACAUCUCCUGCUGGCAAGUGUGACCUGCUAUCUCCCUGGCCAUUUGGCACUUGAAAGAUUCCACAGUGAACUUGAUGGUGGGGGGGGUGCGCUGAGUGUUGACUCCUCAGUCCGGCUGGUCUCCAGCUGCCAACUGUGGUGGGGAAGUGGCUGAAGGAAAGGAAGAGCAUUAUCCUGUGAUGUCAUCUAUGAAAAGGUGUGGUCUUCUGUCUUACAGCAGCCAGUGGAGGGUGGCCCUGAGCCUCCAGUGUGGCAGUGAUUGAGGGGAGCCUAGGGGAACUGGUUGGGGUGGACAGAGAGGAGACAAAAGAAGCCUGUGCAAGAGUGAGGAAUCAGUCAUGGGGGAACCAAAAGACAAAUGGGGGAAACUGAGAAAGAGAGAAGGGAAGAAAUUCAAGUCAGAGUAAGAGAAUGGAAAUGGACAAAGAGAUGGAGAAAAAUAGGACCAAAAGUGAGAGGACUGAAGUACAGAGAGAGUGAAAAGAAGGCUCAACUUGCCCCCAAAUUAAGCCAGACAUCCCCUCACCCCCACAAAGAAGGGAAGACAUUGAGACAGGAGACAAGAGUCUUUAAUCAGGUCCCAGGCUUCCUCAGGCGGAAAAGGAAGGAGCUGAGUCAAGGUGGGGGUGCCUGUUCUGGGAGGUGCGCCCUCCCAGGGAACCCUCAUUAUCCCAAGCACACACAUUCCUUGGUGGAGCUCCAUUGUGACAUUUGGAGCCCGUGAGCAGCUUACUGCUCUUCUGAUGCGGAUCAGAGUCCCGCCUUCCUGCUGCCCCUGGGUGGAGGGAGUGUCCCUGGGGCUGGCUGGUAGGCAGGAUUCCUCUGUGGCACUUCAGGUGGGGCCUGUUAUCGGCUGGGCCCAGGUGCUCACCAAUGUCACCUGUCACCACAAGCUGGGCAAGUCUGGGCUGGUGAAACCGGAAAAGACAUUGAUGUUUCCAACUCGGCCAGUGCCCCCCAAACCCCAGGUGUCUGGCAGAAAUGAGCUGGACUCCCAGCCACACCUUCACAAGCCAUUCCACCAGACCCCCUGUGUGUCUCUGCUGGAGCUUGAGCCUCACUGGAGAAAAGCCUUCUUGGCAGUCUCACCUCAUGCCCUGACGCUACAGCUACAGUGGCUUCAGCUAAGCUAUUGGCAAGAAGGAGGAUGCAAAUGACACAGAUGAAGAAUGAGGUGAAAGUUUUGGUUCAGGUUCCAGCACCCCAGCCCAGCCCACCAGGUAAUGUGUAAACACACACACAUACAGAGUAGGUACACACAUGCAUGCAUGCACACACACACACACACACACACACACACACACACAGUGUUACUGGAAUCAGAUAGCCCUUUUUAUUAAAUUAAGUGUACUCCCCAAGUCCUCCUUCCAGAGUUCCUGACCUACCAAACUGAUCUUUCGUAGUAAGUCUCUCCUCCUCCCCAUAUCUGUUGCCCCUUCAAUCCCCUUG